AUGGCUGGCACGUGUGGCCAGCGACGCAGGAACAGCUGCCAGCCCUCCCUGCCCAAGCAGUUCAAGGCCCUGUACCCAGAGGGGACAUGUCCUGGCUGGUGUGUCAUGGUCAAGGGUGAGACCAGCUCCCACACAAGCAUGUUUGAAAUUAAUCUGCUCUCUCACCAAAUUGUUCUCCACUUUAACCCUCACUUCUCCAGCUCCAAAACUGUCUGUAACUCCCUCCUCACCAACCACUUGGGAAAGGAAUAG